GAUUAGUUCGCCGGAUUCGUUCCGGCUGUGUGCACAAUCCGGAGCGAGAUGGGUGAAAAAGAUGGCGGUGGGUACGGAGCGCUCAGGGGAUGCGGACUCCGUUAGACUCGUGAAGGUAUAGAGCGCCGAGCGACAAACUCGCGGCUUGUCCGCGCGAGCCACGCAGCACGCCAGGUCAGGCCCAGCCGGACACUUUCGACUGCAUGUCGGUGGCCUCUGCGACAAGUGACAUACGAGGACAGAGUUAAGUGUGUGUGAGAGACAGUCGGAGAGAAAGAGAGCGAGAAGAGGAGAGGGGGCGUGAGGGGCACCGCGGCCUUGGGGGAUGUUCUCCGUACUCUCCUAUGGCAGACUGGUUGCCAGGGCUGUCCUGGGUGGACUUUCCCAAACAGAUAGCCGGGAUUACAGCCUGGUGACCGCCAGCUGCGGCUUCGGCAAAGACUUCCGGAAGGGCAUCUUGAAGAAAGGCAUGUGCUACGGGGAUGACGCCUGCUUCGUAGCCCGGCACAGAACCGCCGACGUCUUGGGUGUGGCUGACGGUGUCGGUGGUUGGAGAGAUUAUGGCGUCGACCCUUCUCAGUUCUCAGGGACGCUUAUGCGAACAUGUGAGCGGCUGGUCAAAGAGGGCCGAUUUGUUCCAAGCAAUCCAGUGGGGAUCCUCACAACUAGCUAUUACGAAUUACUCCAAAACAAAGUUCCUUUAUUAGGCAGCAGUACAGCAUGCAUCGUCGUCCUGGACAGACAGAGUCAUCGGCUCCAUACGGCCAAUUUGGGUGAUUCUGGCUUCCUUGUAGUGCGUGGUGGCGAGGUAGUCCACCGUUCUGAUGAGCAGCAGCACUACUUCAACACGCCAUUCCAGCUGUCUAUUGCACCCCCUGAAGCGGAGGGGGUGGUCUUAAGUGACAGCCCGGAAGCAGCAGACAGCUCUUCUUUCGACGUACAGCUGGGUGACAUCAUCCUCACGGCAACAGAUGGUCUGUUUGAUAACAUGCCGGACUAUAUGAUCUUACAGGAGCUUAAGAAGCUAAAGAACACCAACUAUGAGAGCAUACAGCAGACGGCACGGAGCAUUGCAGAGCAAGCCCACGAGCUGGCUUAUGAUCCAAAUUAUAUGUCCCCAUUUGCACAGUUUGCUUGUGACAAUGGAUUGAAUGUACGAGGAGGUAAGCCAGACGACAUCACCGUUUUACUGUCUAUAGUCGCCGAGUACACAGACUAGCCAGCACUUUGGGCUCUCUCUGUCUUCCUGUCUCCUCCUGUGUUCUGGACCGUUUCCUGCUGGCAGGAUGUGGACUCAACCUUCAGGACUCUGGACCACUGGGACAUUGUCAAGGCCCCAUCCGGAGCCUCCUUGUCUUGAAUUGUCUAGGAUUACCUCUGCCAGGAGCCACGUGCGGCCAAGUGGUUUGUUACUGAGGUGACUUGGGAUGCGAAAUUUGACUUAAAAUGAAAAGCCCCGCCGCGUUUUCAAGGAAUUGUUCUGCCCACGGCAGUACCCUAGUGUGAUUUGUUUUGUUGUAACUCAAGAUUGAACUAGAAAGUAUGGGCUGGUAUAAAAGCAAAAAAUUUAGUCUGCAAUAUAAAUGUAAAGGAAUGUUGUAGGAUUUGAUGCUCACGGUUGUCUCAACUAUAAGCCCCCCUUCUGUUUUUGUACGUAUUUGAUUGUGGCCAUAUAGCACUCAAGUACUUUAUAUGAAAGGGGUUGGCAUUAAAUGAACUGCCACACUCAAGAUGGCUCAGUGUGUCGAAGAAUCAGCCUCACGAUUAUGCCAUGUGGAGCUGUGGGCUAUUAGGCCCUGGCCGUGUCUCCUCUGCCAUUUGCAUUUCUGGAUGGCUGCUGGAGUCGUUGCGUAAAUGGGAGACGCUUUGUCGCUGUUUGAUUUGAGGUGGGGUGAUCUCAUUGACUCGCCCCUGCAUUCCUAGAGUUCCCCGUCACCUAAACCUGCCAGUACUUGAUAAGACAUUUGUGUGUUUUUAUCAGAAUAAUAGCCUGCAGAUUUUAACAAUGGACGCUCAUCUGAUGUUUGGAUCUGCACGGGCUUUUCUUUACAAAUUGGAGCCUGCUCCCAGUUGCCUUGUCAGCCAGUCAGGGAAUGUAGUUAGAAGUCGAAGGGGUAGAAUUUAAUGUUGGAUUGGUUCAUUAUGUGCUUGACUGCUGGGUCGUGCACAGAGGUAUUUAUAAAACAUGUGACCCUAAGAAAAGCGGCCUUAGCGAUUUUGAUUUAACACGGUUAGUUUGAAGAGCCGUAGCUAAGGGUGCGGUCAGCUACUUGGUGUCUUGUAUAAUAAAACGGAAAAUAGCUUAGCAAUCAGAUGAGUUAGUGGAGCGAGACUCCCUCGUGUGUAAGUGUGCGUGUUCAGUUUUUGAAAACUAUUGGAAUUAUUAAAGGGACUAGAUACAGUGAAAUAUGUUUCAAAUCUUGGAUGGAAAGAGCAGACCAGCGUUUUUUUGCUUUUCACUUCCUCUGCUGGUUUGCCCAUAAGUCCAGUUUUUGGUCAAUCUGAAGACCAUUCGUGAAUGGAUCCACUUUGAAAUGGAAGCGAGUUGUCACUCUGCACCUGAAGUGAACUGAAUUUUUUUUUUCAGACUUUAAAAUGCCUAUUAAAAAGUGACUUUUUCGAAACCUCAAGUCCCCCCCCCCAAAUCCCCCGAAAAAUUUUUAUUUUUUAAUUGGGGAAUAGUCGAGGCUUGAACAAACGUCCCCCGUCUGCCUUUGUAAGAUUUUGCAGAUGUCUCUUUUAUUUGGCUAGAAUAUGUUUUUGGUUUUGAAUUGAGGCCUUCUUGAGCUCUAUGUGUGUGUGCGAGUGUGUGUGUGUAGCGGUCUCAGCACAGAGGUCACGGGCCCCAGAAACUCUGUCUCUGUCGUGUGUUUGAUGUUGUGAAAUGAGUCUCGUCUGUACUGAUGAAUUGAACUUCUCGGUCAGUGUGUGUGUGGACUUCAGCAUCUCUCCGUUGAAUGAAGAGGUCUCCUGUUUAACGCCGCCUUUUUGUUUAGAGUUUUAAGAGAUGCUCUUAACGCACAAGAACAAUACUUGCAUCUGGUGGUGGUGGUGGUGGUUAGUUUUGUCAGACCAGGUAUUAAUAAAGGUAUAUUUUUAUACGUUUUGGUUUAAAAUGUGGUCUGCUAGUUUUAGUAGAAGUCCUUUUAAAGAAGAGGCUCUCGUUUCCACCUGUCCUUGUGUUGCACGCACAUCCACUUUUAAUUUUUGCAGUCAUUUCUGGUUUGCCCCUCUUUCCGAAAGCCAUCUUUGAUUAAUAUGCCUAUAGAUAUUUUAAAUCAGGUAAUUCUGGGGAAAAGUCGUCCAAUAAAAAUGAUUUCAUGUGUUAGAUAUCAGCAUUUUUGUUGCUAUAGAAUUGUACUGUAUAUUUGCAUAACUUGUGCAGCUUUUGUAUUUAAUUUAAAAUAUGACUGUACAUGUACUAUGUACAUGUUUGUACAUUAUUUCAAUUCCCAUCAUGUUCAUAAAAGGGUCCUCCAUGCCCCCCCACCGCAGCUUAGCGCUCAGAGUUUUGAGUUAUUGCGCUUUCACAGAGUGUUUUGUUUCGUUUCUUUUUAUCUCCUGUCUAAUCUUUGAACGUCGUCAGUGGAGGUCUCUGCUCCUUUCCACCCUCGGAGUCUGUGGACUGCAGGUUGUGCCUCACGGUGCAUUGAUUUGAAGUUCCUCCUCUGUAGUAUGCGGCCCAGUGCUCCAAGACGUCAGACCAAGCCACCGGUGUUCGUCUCUUGGUAUGGGCAGUGGUGACGGCAUCAUUUUCACAUCCUCAUCAAAGAGGAGGAGCGCUAACUGUUGCUCAAUAGCAGGUGGACGUUUUCAUUAAACACGAGUGUGGCAGGUGCACCAAAGAUCAUUUUGUUUCCUUGCAUUUUUUUUUUUAUAGAGCAAUACUGUAAGAAAAGAAAAACAAUUGUUUGGCUUACUGGCCUUCCCCCUAAGAAGCUGCUCUGAACAUAUCCAGCAUUUCAUGUGCUGCAUCUCUACAAAAGCCAACUGCGCACAAAUACAAAAAAAAAAAAAAAAAGGCCUGUGGCCGUCGGCCAGCCGAUGGAUUCAUAAGAGAAUUGCAUAUUUGUAAAAGGCAAACUUGUUGGACUGAAAAUCCACUUUGGUGAUAUUCACCUGGACCUGGAGGAGAUGAUCGGUCCACAGUUUGUGUCACAGGUGAUCACUUACUUUAUUCAGAGUGAGUGUCGGAUCACUUGCGGAUUGUCUGGUGUAUCGCUCUUUUACAAAAGGUGAUCUUACUCUUCGGAGUAUUUUGUUACACUUGAGGCCAUUUGUAAGACAAGCUACCUCUGUUGAAGGCCGUCUUGCCUUGCGGAAUACAUUUUACUGUACCGUGCUGCUUUAAUGUUCAACUCUGCUGUGAUUGGAUCCUUGCAGUCUGAUUACAGAGAGUGCAGGGACAUGUUGACCUGUGUGGAGAAAUCAAAAUUCAAUUGAAACCAUGCAACCUGAAAGGCAUUCCUUCUGAAAAACCAAUCUACCCUCAUCACCUUCGCAUACAGUUGACUUUUGGAGCAGUUGUUGUCAUAAAUCUGAUUUCACAGCGACUAUGCGUCAAGUAAAAA